AUGGCAAGCAUUCAACACCCCCAGUCAACGACUACAGUCUUUCUAGACCAACCGCCCAGUUGCCUGGAGUUCUGCCCCGAGGCCCCAGACCAUUUCAUCGUGGGCACCUAUCUUCUAUCAGAGAACAAAACAGAAGAUGGAGAAAUCGAGCAGUCCAAAACUGGAAGUCUACAACUAUGGAAACUAGACCCUGUUAGCAAAACAUUAUCCCAAAUCCAAAGAAUUGCCGUCCCAUAUGCAGUCUUUGACCUGCAUUUCCACCCAAGACACAAAAAUCUAUUCGCAAUUGCAACCAGCGUGGGAUCAGUGGCUCUAUUCGAAGUAUCCACCACCGGAGAUACAUCCCCAACCCCAAACAUCACCCAACUAUGGACGAAGCAAGUACACGAAGACCCAUCAAUCCCAGCACUAUUCCUCGCCUGGGCACCGCAAAACUGGUUCCCCCAGUCAGCAGCAGAUGGCUUCGCCGUCACGUUCUCAGAUAGCCGGACAGCUGUCUUCGGAACAGAGGGCGAUAUCCGUCAAGAAGAUAGCGUAGCAGAAUGGGGCACCUAUGAAGCCAAACAGAUGAUCGAAGUCUGGUUUGUUGCAUUAUCAACAAGCACCGGAAACCCAGACUCCGAGACCCAAAACCCGUCUGCAACCCCGUUCAUGUUCACGGGCAAUGACUUCGGUUCGCUGCACACGCGCCGAUUCGAUAAUACCACCGAAUUGGAUGAUCCAGAUGAGCAUGUCUCGCCCAUGCUGCUCGAGCAUGAUGAUCGAGCUCGUCACCACACUGCUGGUGUCACUGCUAUCUUGCCUCUCGAUGUUCCCUUGGUCGAUGAUGCCCCGGUUCUUCUGACGGGAUCCUAUGAUGAGAGUCUUCGUGUGUACCAUGCUACGCGGAGGGGAGAGGUUCUUGCCGAGCAAGGUCUGGAUGGUGGGGUUUGGCGACUGCAGUUACUGAAUACCACGAGGAUUCCGGGCUCGGAUGUAUCUGAGUGCCGCUUUUUGGUGCUGGCGAGCUGUAUGCAUGCUGGGACAAGGCUUGUACGGGUUACGUACAAGCACGAAGAUGGGGCUCCGAAUUGGGGGAUUGAGGUUCUGGCGAAGUUUACUGAGCAUGAGAGUAUGAAUUAUGCCAGUGGCGUGUGGGAGGGUGGACAGGACACAACUCGGCCUUCUGAGGUUUUGUGCGUCUCGAGCAGUUUCUAUGAUCGCAGGCUCUGUGUUUGGACUGUUGAUCUAUAG